AUGAUGCGGGCGCUCAGCGCCCUUGAGCCAGGGCUAACCAUGGGGCCGGCUGGGGCCCGGGAAGGCCCCGCCCCGCCGCCCCCGGGCCUGAUCACUUCUCAGGAGCGAAGAUGUGGCAAUGGCAGUUCCCCAUGCACGGCGGAACAGGAUUUGAAACUGUGGCGAGACGUGGUGGAAGGCAGUGACAACUCACGCGCCCGCCGCAACGCGAGUGCUGGCGGCGACGGCUGCGGCGACGGCCGUGACACGCGCUCGAGACCUGCUGCGGUCUCCCUGCCGCUUCUAGCUACGACAUUUGGCGACUGGGGAGCAGUCUGCGACCUCAAAUGUCGGCGUCACGGCCCACGGCGUGUUCGCCCAUUUCGCGACUAAAUAUGAAGAGAAAAAAGAUGGGCGACAGAAGAAUUACUGUCUCGACGAUAGCUUCUUCCCCCUCGUGCUCUUUUGUUACCCGGCCGCGGUGGCGUGAUCUCUGCAAAAUCGAGGUGGUUUGCUGUAACAAACGACCUCUGUCCUCGAUACGGGACUGCGAAUGGAAGGGGCUGCGUUAUCGGC